CAUUGGUCCUUAGCUGUCACUGUCCCUGGGGCCCUGGGAGAGCAAGGACCCUGAACCCACUCCAGGGAGUCUAUGUGCAACGAGAGCUGCAGGAGAAAUAGCUACAACACUGAACACUGGUGCAGAGCAUCAGACCCUGCAGCUGAAACACACUGCCCACAGCCAGAAAGGCAGCCCUGAGCCUGCCCUGCAGCCAUGCCCCCAUCCUACCCCGUCCUUACCCCUAGAAAACCAAUCCCAUUCCUCCCUGUCAUCCUCUUCCUGUGUGUCAGGGAAACCACAGUGUCCCUGAUUUUUCACUUUUCCUCAGCUUUCCAGCACAUUUUACCCCUCAACCUCCAGAAACAUUUCCCAAAUCCAACUGCUUUUCACCACCUCCACUAUCAACCUGUCUGCAUCUCAUGGGACAGCCACAGCCCCAUCCAGCAGCCUCUCUUCAGGGCUAUAGGCUCCUUGCAGGACAAUCCAUGGUGUCUCUGUCCUUCACCCUCCUGACAUGGCCAGCUGGCCUUUCCACAUCACCUCCUCCACUCCCAACCCCUACACAACCUUCUCACCUCUAAAAAGUACAGGCUGGUUCUCUGCCCAGGGCCCUUACCUGGCUGGUCCCUGCCUGAGAGCAUACUAUUAUACUAAACAGCUGGCGUCUGACGCUCCAUGUGUUUUCCCUUAAGUCUAUCAGUUGUCACAACCACGUGAGCUAGAAACUCACGCCCUCCCCAUUCUACACAGGGAAAGGAAAGCAGAGUUGAGCAACCUGCAGUGGUGAGCUGUUGGCCCCCACAUCCACCACCCACGUUGCCUGGCUACAGUGGCUGAAGCAGUCUCCUGGACGCCUUCGCCCGCCUCCCGCCCUGCCCUUCCCCGUCAUCCACUUCAGAAGCGUGAUCACUCUCUGGAUAUCCCGUCCGCCUCCACCGCAGACGAGCAGAUCGCAGGAUUGGGGCACGGGUUCGCCCCGCACUGCUGUGUGUCCUUCUCCAACCCAGAGCAGGGCCCAGACACUGCGGGUGCGCAACAAAUACCGGCUGAACGAACGAGGAAGGUAUUUCAUUGUUGAAGAACUUAAAAAAAUGCCAAAAGGUUUAGAAGAAAAUAACAAAGCAGAUUUAAAAUGCAGACCGAGUGAAGAGUAUAAAACCUGCAAUCUUUGAUCUUCACGGUAUAUUUUUCUCCUGUCGAUUAAAAAUUACAGGCUCCCCACAGUCACCGCCACGGUCCGGGUCAGUCUCUGAGAUGGCCCAAGACACACAAGAGAGCCAGGCCUCCACAGGAGCCCUGGCCUCAGGAAAGAGGCCCCCAAAGGAUCACACCCGGGCGCAGCAGGCCGUGGCCGGCUGGGUAGGGUCCUCCGGUCCGAUUCCUCCUGUGCGUGGAGCCCCUGCCGGCCUUCUGGAGUCGGGGUCGACGCUCCGGACGGCUCAGGUGCCCAAAGACCACUCGUCGGGCGGCGGUGCCCCGCCAGGUUGGCCCCACCUCCGGGCGCCGAGUCAGGAAGCUAGCUGCGGACUAGAAUGGUACCCAAAGCCCUUCCCCUUAGGAAAAUCAAGCGCCCGCGUCCCGCCCACGUUUUCUCUCAGCCAAUGGGCGGUAUAGCUUUCUCGGGCCAGUGAGCAGCGAGGGAGUGGGAACUACUGCCUUGCGAGCCAGUAGAAUGAGAACAGGAAAGGCCAGGGGCGGAGUCUGCGAUCCUGGCAGCCAAUCAACAAAAAAAGUCAAGGCGGCGGGAUUUUAUUGGUGGAGCCUAGGGGGCACGGCCUAUGGUUGGGCGGCAAGAUGGCGGCGGCGGGGCCAGCACCGCUGAGAGUGGGCUUCGUAGGUGCGGGCCGCAUGGCGCUGGCCAUCGCGCAGGGCCUCGUUCGAGCAGGAAAAGUGGAAGCUCACCACGUGCUGGCCAGUGCACCAACUGACAGGGGCCUCUGCCACUUCCGGGCUCUGGGUUGCCAGACCACCCAUUCCAACCAGGAGGUGCUACAGAGCUGCUCACUCAUCAUCUUUGCCACCAAGCCCCAUGUCCUGCCAGCUGUCCUGGCAGAGGUGGCCCCUGUGGUCACUGCUAAGCACAUCUUGGUAUCUGUGGCUGCUGGGGUCUCUCUGAGUGUCCUGGAGGAGCUGCUGCCCCCCAACGCACGAGUGCUUCGGGUCUUAGCCAACCUGCCUUGCGUGGUCCAGGAGGGGGCCAUAGUGAUGGCACGGGGUCGCCACGCCGGAAGCAGCGAGACUAAGCUCCUGCAGAACCUGCUGGAGGCCUGUGGGCAGUGCGAGGAGGUGCCUGAGGCCUACAUAGACAUCCACACUGGCCUCAGUGGUAGCGGAGUGGCCUUCGUAUGCGCAUUCUCUGAGGCCCUGGCUGAAGGUGCUAUCAAGAUGGGCAUGCCCAGUGGUCUGGCCUACCGCAUUGCUGCCCAGACCCUGCUGGGUACAGGCAAGAUGCUGCUGCAAGAGGGGAAGCACCCUGCCCAGCUGCGGACAGACGUAUGCACACCGGGUGGCACCACCAUCUAUGGUCUCCACGCCUUGGAGCAGGGUGGGCUUCGAGCAGCCACCAUGAGUGCUGUGGAGGCCGCCACCUGCCGGGCCAAGGAGCUUGGCAGAAAGUAGGCCCAGGCUCUGGAUGAAGGUUGCCACCUCCUUCUCCACGUGUGCUACCCUCAGUGCCCCUACUCCUUCCCCUAAGGAUGUGGUCCUCUCUUCCUCCUGUGUGAUUCAUGCUGUCCCCUCACACUAGAGGGAAAUACAGGCAAUAGGACUUGAGAGGUUUGGGCUGGCUGGGCUCCCACCAGCAUAGGAGGCUUCCCUCCCCCAUGGGCAGAAGGCAUCUGCCUUAGUGAGCCCACCAUGAUAGCAGUGUUGGUUCUGAGGGUCCCUAGAGAUGGCCUCUUGGUCAGGUGCCCACAUGGCAGGGGAGUUGGUCAAGGCCAUGAGCGGAGGUGCUAAUUAAAGAAGAGCCAGCCCAGAUGCCUAGUCUGGAGCCCUGGCCCUUCCUUAGAUUUCCCAAUGCCUUGGCACCUGCAGCCAAGCCAACUUCCUCGUCUUAGCUGAGGGGGUACAGGACAUAUGGAGUCUGUACAAGGGACUCCCUCCCCCUCAGUGAAGCCAGGGGCCUUAGCCUAAUGCUAGACAUGGCCACCUGUGGGGAGCUGGAGCCCCACCUUGCCAGCCCCUGCGAAGAGAAGGGUUGUGUGCUUUUUCCUCAGCCGAUGAGGAGGAGAAGGAGCCUCACCCCUGGGGUCCUAAAAGCAGAGCUGUGCUGGGCUGGGCCUGCAGUAGUGCAGGGCUGGCACAAGGUGGUGGGUAAUAGGUAGGUGGAGGGGGCUUGAGGUCUGGGAGGGUGGGCACUGGCCAGCUGGAAAGAACAUAGACCCCUUGCUCACCUGGGCCUAGGCUCCCUCUCUGUCCCAGACCCUACACCCUGGCAAGUGGCCAGGUGGCGCUGGACCUCAUGACCUUCCACUGGCUCAGGAGUCCUGGAGGUUCCUGUGGCCUUGCCCCACCAUGCUGGCCUCGGACUGUAGGACUCGGCUCCUUAGCCUGCCUCUUAAGUGGCCAGCAGAGCAGGAAAGCCAGGACCUGGGGAGAAGCAAGGCUGUGGGACUGGCAGCUUGGGUUCUGGGGCCCCUGGGUGGGGAAAGCCCAGCAACCUGCCUCCACUCCAUCCCCAUCCUCAAGACACACCUGGGCCUCCUGAGACUACCUUGAGGUGGGGAGGACACUGUGCCAUCCACCAGCUGGGUGACUUCAGGCACAUUAAUCCCCAUCUGUGAAACUGGGAUGACAGAGCCUAUGCAACAGGAAUGGUAUUUCUAUCCCUCAUGCCCAGCUGCCUCUGUGGCCCUCUUCCCACCCCACUUACUCCCCCACAGAGGUGCAGCUGUUGCUGUGGCCCAGCCUAGCAGGGGCCAGCCCCCAUCCCUGAGCCUCUGGUCCCAGAGGAGCCUGGCUCAGGCAGUGACUGCUUGAUCUGAGUCUGCCUCACACCUGACUCCGUCUUCUGUGCAAUGGGAAUAAAUGCACUGUCUCAGAA